AUGACCACAAAACGAGCCACAACUUAUGGUCAUCAUACCCAACAUCAACAGCGUCGACCACCUGACGUCGAAGAGGCCUUGUCUUCCAUGUUGUGGACCCCAUAUGAGCGUGCCUCCAUUACGGAUACCUCUUCGGAUGAUGAAGAUGAGCUAUUGAAUCGUCACCAACAGCUGAGAAAAUCCAAAAGUCAAUAUGAUUAUACCAGCAUACCGACAAUACCGCCACCGUCUCCCACGCCCGCAGCAACACCGUUGAUGCUGCCGGCCACAGCAAACAUUGUGGCCUACAUACCGACACCGACACAUCAAGUUGUAACACUGCCGCCGGGCGUAGCAACAAGUACCUAUUAUGCGGCCACAGCCGAAGAUAUAUGUGAUGCAUCUGUAACUACACCGUUAGUGCCUUUGUCCAGUCUUAUUUUGGAUGCCGGUAACGGCCACUUAACUACCAUGGCCGCAGCGGCCGAUGAUAUACUGGCCAGUUCCAAUUCCACCGUUAUUGCGGUAGCUGUCAAUGAUGCACCACAUACUCCAUGCUACACUCCUGCUCCUGUUCCAGUCCUGUCCACGACUAAUGACAGUACAUUAGCCAACGAUAUGAGUUCCUCAUUUGCAGCAUCGUUAGAAAAUCAUAAAAAUCGUUUUUCUUUCACUUCCUAUGGUCGCAUAACGGGUCUAAACAAAUGGUGGCCAACGUCGCACUCUGCAAAUAGUAAUAAUGCUACUCCAACACUACCACCCCCACCACCAAUAUCCUCUUCGUCGUUGUGCUCAUCACCAUUAGCUGAAGCGACUGUGUUGAGCCCAUCUGGUAUUGGCUCAUCAACAGCCACAACUACCUUGGCCGUGUCUGUCGCACCAGCUGAGCCCAAGGAACCACCCUCCUAUGACUCACUCUAUUCGAAGGCCCAACAGAGGCAGCAACGACGGCUACAUCGUCAUGCCGCCACAUCACGUCAACGCGCUAAACAUUUGAAUAUUUUCAAGCCGGUACUGGAGACAUUAAAAGCAAAUGUGUCAACAAUUACACAGGGUCGUUUUGCCAGCAUAUCAUCAUCGUCCUCCUCGUCCUCGGCAGCGUUGUUGUCGCGACCGGAUAAUCGUAGUCGUCUAAAUGCUAACAACAAUCCCAGCAAUCAUAAUAUCCGCCGUAGUAAUAUGCCGAACAACAGCCUUGGCCACGGCAAUAAUCCUUGUAACAGCAUCACGGGUGCGGAUGUUAGUCCCGACCACACAACAGAGACACAUUUGGUACAUUCAUUUACAGAUGAUUUUCUAACCGAG